AUGACAUUGAGACGGCUGGCCGAAGAUGAACGACAAAACUUCCCUGAAGCGUCAAAAGUGGUAGAAACGGCAUUUUAUAUGGAUGACCUUGUACAUGGAGCAGACACUAUAGAAGAAGGAAAGGAAUUGAUCUCUAACUUGAACCUUCUUAUGAAGGCGGGUGGCUUUAAUCUUAGGAAAUGGUCUUCAAACGAAAACAGGCUACUGGAAGAGAUCAAAUCGGAACAAAACAAAUCGGAAGACAACGUAUUCAAUUUUAAAACAGGCGAUGAAUCGAAAACAUUGGGUCUAUCUUGGAAUUCUACAAAUGAUAUUUUCACAUUUAACUAUAACAUAUCUAACAAAACAAAAAUAACAACCAAAAGAGUUCUACUGUCUGAGAUAUCAAAAUUAUUCGAUCCUUUGGGUUGGUUGGCACCCUUAACAACAAAAUUAAAAUUGCUUUUUCAAACGGUAUGGAAGGAUGAGCUCAACUGGGAUGAUAAGGUAUCAGAUAAAAUUCAGAGAGAGUGGACUAAGAUAAAGGAGGAGUUACAUUGUCUCAAACAACACGAAGUGCCGAGAUGGAUCCGAAGCCACAAGGGUGACGUCAUAGAAUUACAUGGCUUCUGUGACGCAUCCAUUGAAGCGUAUGCCUGCGUCGUUUAUGCAAGAGUAAAGGGUCAAACAAAAACUAUCAUAGUGGCCGCUAAAACAAAGUUAGUACCACAUAAAAAAGCUAUCACGCUGCCCCGACUCGAGUUGAGCGGUGCCCACUUGCUGUCGAAGCUCAUGAGCAAAAUAAGGGAGGCGCUAUCACAACAUGAAUUGGACCUGCAUGGCUGGACCGAUUCGAUGGUGGUGCUCGGUUGGUUACAAGGAGAACCUUACCGAUGGAGACCCUUUGUGGCUAACCGCGUACAACAAAUCAUUGACGUCAUGCCGAGCACGUGCUGGCGUUACGUUAAUGAUUUGUUGUACGCGGUUAGCCACAAAGGGUCUCCAUCGGUAAGGUUCUCCUUGUAA